AUGCCUCCGAGAAAGGGAAAAGCUGCGCCCAAGGGCAAGGCUAAGAAGGAGCCUCAAGCUGAACCUGCUACCAAUGGCGAUGUCGAGAAGGUUGAGGAGACGGCAGCUCCUGCUGAGGAAGCACCUGCUGCUGAAGAGCCCAAGAUAGAGGAGCCUGUUGUCGAAGAAACCAAGACAGAGGAGCCAACUACUGAACCUGCGACCACAACCGAGGGAUCCAAGGCUGACGAGCCCACUGCUGACGCGCCAUUGGAAGCUGAGCCUACAGUCGACGCUGAACCCGCCGCUGCAUCCAAGGAAACCAAGCCAAAGAAGCGCAAGGGAGCUGCUGAAGCCGCCAUUGAGCCAGCUGCUUCUGAAUCCAAGUCAGAGGAGAAAAAGGCGUCUAAGAAGCGCAAGGUCGAUAUCCCAGUACCCCGACCAGGCGAGCGCAAAUCCGGUCGUGGCGCUCAGAAGGCUGCACCCACGACCGAGCAACUCCUAAACUACCUGCUCUCUCCCGCCUCGACUGAACUCUGUCGCCCCGACGACGAGUCUGCAGAAGUUGAGUCCAAGGGCGCAGACUUCAAGACCUACUCCUCCUCAGCUUUGACCGCAUUUGAAGAACUCGUCUGCGCAGUUGUCCUCAGCCGCCCCAUCAGCCACAAACUCGGCCUUCGCGCCAUCCGCACAAUUCUCAAUGCUCCCUACUCCUUCACCACCCCCUCAGCCAUCAUCUCCGCCGGCAAGGAAAAACGUCACCAAGCUCUCGACGAUGCAAAAACCCAACACAAAGACAAGACCGCCGAGCAAAUCGGCCUUGUCGCCGAUGUUGUUUCCCACAAGUUCUCCAAAAACGACUCCGAUACCAGUCUCGAUAAGCUGCGCGAGCAGGCUUCGAAGGGCUGGGACAUGGAGCGCGAUUUGCUGCAGGAAAACAUCAAGGGUGUGGGAAAGACCGGCUUGGAUAUCUUCUUCCGCCGUGUGCAGUGGUUGUGGCCUGAGGCUUAUCCUUUCGUGGACGAGAGAUCAUCGCGUGGAAUUGAGAAGCUGGGGCUUCCAAAGCAUCCCGACGAGCUAGCUAAAGUGCUGGACAGAUAUUGGGCUAAGCUGGAUACUAGCAAUCUGGCAAAGGGCGACAGGGACAUGCAGAAGAGAAGGGCGUUUGUCGUGAUCUGUGAGAGGGCUACUAGUGCUGACCUGGAGGGCAAGUCUGAUGCUAUCCUUGAGGCUGCUGCUUCUUCGUAG